AUGUCUGCUGUCAGGGAUAGUUUCCAAGACCUGGAAAAGCAAAGAUUGAAGCUGGAAGAGAACAUAGCCAAGCUCAGAGAAGGACUACAGCACUGGCGCCAAUGGGACGCAGAAUACGAGACACUCAAGGAAGAGAUCGAGUCGCUCCCCAAACCAGUCAGCCAGAAAGAUAUCGCGAGAAUACGAACCGAGUUCGACGGUCAAGUCAUCAACAAGAAGGAGAUCGAUGAAAUAUUCGGCCGCAUCGGCACAAGGCCUGCCGAGCAGAUCGUUAAUCUUGUGUCACGACGCAUUGACUAUGUGACAAAAAACAUCGAGACCCUCGAAAAACAGAUUCAAACCGCCGAGAACAAGCAUGCCGCCGUCUCCAUCGUGGCGCACCCUGAUUCGAGAGAUGAAGACGGCCUCCCCAUAACCGAGAUCAUAGAGGAGCUUGACGAUGACGGCAACGUGGUCUCUUCGCGCCUACAAACGCCCGGCGGCUCUGAAUCCCAAGUUCGGGAAUUGCUGGACAAAGCCGGUAUCAAGGGCCUUCCAGAUGGAGAAGAAGAACCGUCCGAAUCAGAGUCUCCGUCAGCAGCUACCAAGCCAUUGGAUUCGUCGUCAUCGACCACCCAACAGACUUCCUCUCCUCAACCUUCUGCACCCCAAUCUCCGCCAGCUCCACCAUCUCAACCUUCUGUGGCUUUUGCGGAAGGCCCCUCACCAGGCGGAGGCCGAGGCGACGAGCCCGCAUCCUCAAGGAAAGGAGUUUUGGUUCCGGAGGAUGUCAAGCCGGCUGAUGAACCGCCGAUUUCCAGAGCAGCCCAACGCGUGGAGAAAAUCGUACGAUCGGCUAAAGAGCAAGAGGUACUAGCAGAACAGGCACCGAUCAUUCCAGAAGACGAGUCGGAAGAAGAUGCUUUCCUGCGCCGGGAGAUGCUGAAAUACGGCAUGGAAGAGGUCGGCGCCGUGGUGGCAGAACUGACUCUCGAGGAAGGUUCCGGUGACGACGACGACGACGACGACGACGACGGGGGCUUCUACGAGUCGGGUUAUUCCGAUGAGGAAUAUCAAGAUGACGAAGAAGAGGAAGACAAAUACGGCCGCUACACCGGCAGAGUGAUUGACGACGAGUACCGCCAGCGGAUGGUCGAGUUGGAAGAACGGCUAGGCGUCAAGUCGCAGCUCAGGGAUACUCAGCCGGCUAAGGACGAUGGCUCAGAUGAUAGUUCGGAUGACAAGACUGAGGGCCUUGGCCGCAUCGUCAUCAGGCGUGACGACCAACCAGAAGCAGCAGAACCACAAACCAAACCCCCAUUGGUGUCGUCCCUGAGCAGCAGCAAACCGACUUCAGCACAGCGGAAAGCACUAGACGGCAAGAAGAAUGUACGCUUUGCCGACACCCUGGACAUCGCUCCCGACGACGUCGUCCCUGCGAAGCAAGAUACCGCGAAACAACCUUCCCGGCCCGAAGUCGACCCCCUGAGCGAUGUAGUCGAGCGGACCGGUCCCGCCAAGCAGCCCGAGAGGAAAGCGGAUACCCCGCGGAAGACGUCCCGUUUCAAAAAGAGUCUGGCGGAUGCCGGGCCCUCCGACCCUCCCGCCAUCCCGAAAGGACCCCUGGACGUGCCGGUGCGGUUCCGCGACAUGGAUCGCCCCCUGGCGCCGUCGGGACCGGAAGGGUGCACCGUGGCCGAGUCCAUCGUGGAGAAGGACCUCGUUCCUCCUCCGCAGGAUGCAGCUGUCGACUCGGACGAGGAGUUCAUCGACCAGGAUCUCGCCGAACUGUACCACCGUAAGCGGCGUGAUUUCAUUCAGAAGCACGGUGGGUUCGUCAAGGAAGAAGAGUCUCCUAUUCAACCUCUGGACGAGGGGGAGGGCGGGCAAAAAAUGAGCAGGUUCCGAGCUGCGCGUCUUUCUCGGCAGUAA